CUAAAAAAGAAAACAUUGUAAUUGAAAUGAAAUGAAAAAAAAUUGUCUUAUUUUCGAUUUCAGUAACUGUGGCAAAUUUUACUCUUUUUAAUGGUUUAAUAUUUUAAGUAUGUAUUAAAAGUGUGGCAACUGUGCAACUUUGAGUGAAUAGUGAGGUGUGUUUUGUCUUCGUGUUACAAAUAUUUUGCAAAUAAAGCGUCUUUAGUUCAAUAAUAUAGCAACAUUAAAAUGAAUUUAAGUUGUUACAUAUUAUAUACAAGAUUUGAUCAAAUUUUGAGUUAAAUUGAUUUUAUUGAUUUGGCUAAAUAAAGGUGUAGAGGGCGCCAUCAGCUGCGACGGAACAGUAGAGCCGAUUGGCAGACGAUACAUUUUUAACAUAUAUAUAUUAGACUCACUUUACUUAAAUCACACAAAUAUACAUAAAUGUAAAUUGUUGCGGUCGGGCCCCACUAUCCUCUGUUCAAGUAACAACAACGCCUCAAGUGUAUUAACCAGAAGCCACCUCAGUAUUUUCUAAUACUCGUGUGAAAUUGCUUAAUCUAAAAUCAGUGAAUAAAAAUUAGGAGGCUUCUGAAGAAAAUAAGUUUUCAAAUUUCAAAACCAGCAUCGAUCUCAUAACACGACGUUACGGUAUUUGUAUUAAAUAUUUAUUAACGUACAAUACGCUUAAACUAAAACGUUAAAGUCAUGGAAUUUCUAUUUGGGUCACGUUCAAGCAAAACUUUUAAGCCAAAAAAAAAUAUACCAGAAGGUACUCACCAAUAUGAUUUAAUGAAACAUGCGGCUGCUACUUUAGGUUCUGGUAAUUUACGUAAUGCUGUCGCAUUGCCGGAUGGAGAAGACCUUAAUGAAUGGGUCGCUGUUAACACUGUCGAUUUCUUCAAUCAAAUAAAUAUGCUAUAUGGUACUAUUACUGAGUUUUGUACCGAAGAGAGUUGUGUUAUUAUGUCUGCAGGACCGAAGUAUGAAUAUCAUUGGGCGGAUGGACUAACUGUUAAGAAGCCUAUUAAAUGCAGUGCACCUAAGUAUAUUGAUUACCUAAUGACGUGGGUGCAAGACCAACUAGAUGAUGAGACGCUGUUCCCAUCGAAAAUAGGCAUACCGUUUCCAAAGAAUUUUCUCAGCAUAGCGAAAACUAUUCUAAAACGUUUAUUUCGUGUUUACGCACAUAUAUACCAUCAACAUUUCUCGGAAGUCGUAACUCUGGGUGAAGAGGCACAUUUGAAUACAUCCUUUAAGCACUUUAUAUUCUUCGUUCAAGAGUUUAAUUUAAUUGAUCGGCGCGAACUAGCUCCACUGCAAGAACUUAUUGAUAAGUUAACAGCUAAAGAUGAGAGACAAAUAUAGGAUUCAUUGCAAGUCGGGAUGCAAUUGGAGUUUUGAGUGUGAACGUCUUAUUAAGAAACACAUUCUUCGAUAAACAACAUUAAUAUACAUACAAACACAUUAAUUUAGAAAUAGUUCGAACACCUUGAAAAUAAUAACAUAUGUUGAAUGUUUCGUACAUCUUUUAAUUGAAUUUUAUAUAUUCAAUAAUUUCAAAACUAUAAGUAACCUCGUACGAUUUUUAAUUUAACGAUACAAAGAGUGAAAUUUAAUUUUUAUAAUUAGAAUAAUAUAAGCGCUAGUGUGUAACAAGUACAAUAUAUACUGCAGUCUACAUUGUUACUGCAACUAUAAUUCAAAGCUAGAAUUUUUAAUUUAUUCUCUAAAUAUAAAUAUUUAUAUAAUAAUCUUUUUUUAAAGUGGCUUUACAGCGACAAAUGCAAUAAACAAUUAUAUUUCAUUUGUAAUUAGUAUUAGUUGCUGCUUUAAGAUUUAUUUUGAAAAUACUAGUUUUAAGGUUCUCUUAAAAUUACACUUAAAAAUGUAAUCACUUAGAGCUAAUGCAAACACUUCGCAUAUAAUAAAUGCAAACAAACGUGAAUAA